UCUGUUGCCCCUAUUUCCUGUCACAUGGGUUGGAAAUUGGAUCCCUGCUUUCUACUAUCUGUUCCCGUCUGUGUUGAUGUCAGUGUAGUAGUGGCUGUGGGACCUGCCUUGAAGUUCAGGGACUUUUAACGCCUGCCAAAGAGCGACUCCUGCACAGACCCGGACAGACAGACAAGGCAGACAGUCACUGAGUCAGUCCAGCAGCCAGCCGCUCUGCGCAUCUGUCCGUGAGGCUGCACUUCACCUGGGAGCCAGUCCAGACUCUUUACUCACACGAUGGAUUCCUGGACAGUCUCAGCUGCACUUUUUCUUGCUGGGGUUAUUUCUUCUGCGGCUUUUAGUCAUUUCGACACCGAGUGCUACACUGCAAACGGAGAGGACUACAGGGGCUUUCAGAACCAAACCAGCCUGCAUGGUGGUAAACCCUGCCUCUUCUGGAAUGAGACCUUCCAGCACCCUUACAACACCCUCAAGUACCCCAAUGGAGAAGGGGGUUUGGGCAGACACAACUACUGCAGGAAUCCUGACGGAGACGUUCAGCCGUGGUGCUACAUUGCUGAUCAUGAAGAUGGGAUUUACUGGAGAUACUGCGAUAUCCCUACAUGCCAGAUGCCUGGCAACCUUGGCUGCUUCAGAGACAGCGGUGACCCGCCCACUCUGUCCGGUACCAGCGAGACGUCCAACAAACUCACCAUCCAGAACUGUAUAAGCUUCUGCAGGAAGCAGAGAUACAAGCUUGCUGGCAUGGAGUCAGGAUAUGCUUGUUUCUGUGGUAACGAAGUGGACCUGCGCGACCACGGCGAGUCUCCCAGCAUGGAGUGUAACCAUGUUUGCUUUGGCGACCACACCCAGCCCUGCGGCGGAGACGGCUGGGUCAUCAUAUUUGACACGCGAGUAGGGUCCUGUGGUGGAAACUAUUCCUCUCCAUCAGACGUCAUCUACUCCCCUGACUUCCCGGAUAAGUACAGCGCUGGUCGUGUUUGCUACUGGACUAUCCAGGUGCCAGGAUCAUCAGCCAUCCUUUUCAACUUCACCUUCUUUGACAUCUCGGACCAGACGGACAUGGUGGAGCUACUAGAUGGUUACACCAAUCAGGUGGUGGCACGCUUCGACUGGCGCAGCCCACCACGUGAGCUGGUGAACGUCACAGGCGAUUUUGUCAUCCUGUACUUCUUCUCAGAUCGCACCAACCAGGCUCAGGGAUUCGCUCUUCUUUACCAAGCAAUAGGGAGCCAAGACAGUCGAACAAUGGAGGCUGAGGGAGAGGGGGAGGAGAACGGAGAGGAUGUCUCCAGCACGGCGGGGCCUCAACUAGCUGGCAGUGUCACAGAGAGAUCCAACAGCACCUCCAACGGACGCUCCUCCCAGAUACGCUACGUGAUCACGUCCAGCCCCGGUAAACCGGAGCACAACAUGCCAGGUCAGUGGGCUGGACACGGCGAGACCAACGGCCACAGCGCUAUGUGGACCAUUUACGCUCUGGCUGCUCUCCUCAUACUGACAGUCAUAGCCAUGGUGGCAAAGCUGCUGCUGCAUAUCACAGUCAAGUCCCCAAGCAUCCCAGCAGUUAGCAGUUCAGACAGCUGCAGCCAGAGCACGGCAUCUUCAGAGCCUUGGAUCAUUCUUUACCGACCCUCCACCAUCUCCCUGUUCAAGAAGAAGCUAAAGAACCACCACGGAGACCUCAGCCCCCUGGUGGGCAACUAGCGCCACUGCUGCUCUCCACAGUCAACCAAACCCUACCGCCACCCCGCAACUACUCUGUACAACGGCCGUCAGAUGCCAGGCCCUCAGACAAUCAAACUCUAUAUGAGGUGCAAUGCUAACAAGCCAAGAAUUGAAUGGCUGAAUGACAACUGACUGAGUGACUGCUACUGAAUGGCCUGUAGGCCGAAGUGGCAGCACCCUUCCACCCUGCUCUGCAACGAGGAGGAGGGGGACAAGCAGGGCUGUCAGAGAACUCAUUGUGGGAGAGGAGAGCAAAGAGGUGAAUGGAGGACAAAAUUUCAAGGACGCUUUUAUCAUGAUGGGAGCUGUGCUUGUUCAGCCAGGCUCCAUUUCCAUCACCCACUGAUCGUCCCUCACACUCAGCAUACCUCCAAAAAACCCUUCAAGACUGCAGGCUCACCAGUGGAAACACAGCAAGGCCAGGUGCAGAUAACAGCUGACUUCACUGUCUGUGUUUGAGUUUAGAAAAUAGAAAGGUUUUCCUCUUUCUGGUGCAACACAGUCACUGGUAACCAAAUCUUCACUAGUAUCGAGGAAAGGCUCAAUAAAUGGAGUGUUGAUACACACAUAUAUACAGCUUUUAUAACUCUUCAAACUGCCUCAUAUGGAUGAUGAACAUUUGCAGCCAAAAACCAGAAUCCUCCCAUCCAAAGAGUUGUGUAUGUAUUUGUCUUUAUGAUUCCAUAUGCAACGUUUCUUUUUGUGUUGUUUCACAUGACAGCUAGCUUUCUAAGGAGAGGGCAUCAGGAUUUGGAAACAUCACGUGAUGGUAGAUCUCACAGCACUUUGGGGAUGAAUUACUCACCGUAAAAUCAAAAAAAAGAUCAUAGACAAGAGACAGCGUGCUCACCCACUUGAUCACUCAGCGCUAAUGUGGAUUUGGGCGGAGGGAAGAAGUAGCGUUGCUCACUCGUGGGGUUGGGUGGCGCAGUUUGCAGACAAACCGCCAUUUAGGGAGGCUUGGGAAGAUCUGAGGGCUUUUUCUGCUCAGUUGUGGGCAGGAGUCUUUCCGGUUUGAUGGUGUUCAAGUGCCUUAAGGAUCUCCUCUUUGCUUGUCUCAGAUUCCUAACAUCUGUGUCUUUCAUGGAGCAGACUGGGGUCCCUCGCAGGAGUCUGCACUUCUUUAGAAUCAGUGUGGUUGAUGAGAAAUUUCAGUCCAGAAAAUAGGAUUUCCACUGCUGACUGUUAGGUAGAAAUAAUGCCACAUCUUGUACAGUGAUGGAAAGCAUUUAUUAUGAGUUAUUUUUAAACAUUGUAAACUCAACUGAACUGGAUCUUUUUUACUUUUUUUGUUACAGGGUGGACGUUAGAUGAUUCAUUUUAGUGCCAAAAUGAGCACAUGGCUUUUUGGAAUAGAGCUCUUCGUGUAGUAACGGACAGCGCUUUAAAAAUGUUUGUUUUUUUAAUUCUGUGUGUGCUCCUAUGUGUAGUCUUGGACAUUUAUUGAACAUAUUGUUCACAUUAAGUUGUCUUUUGAUCACAAGGGAGGGGUGAAUAUUGUUGUACAUUAUGUAAUUCAGUGUGGUGAUGAUGAUAUUUAUGUCUUCUGUUUCAUUUUGUGUCUCAAAUGUCGAAGCAUUUGUGAGAUCCGUCAAAAUGCUUUCGUCAACCAAGCUCAAAAGUUGAAUCCAAUUUCGCCUCUCUCUAAGACAGCAAUAUAUACCGCCUAAAUUCAAUGAGACACUGCAGGCCUGGAAGCUUUAACUUGUCACCUUGAUUUCAGUCCAAAAGGUUGAACGGAAAAAAAAUAAAGGAAGACAGAUUUAUAAACGGGAGUCAGUGGUGCUAUGCUCAACCUGACAGCAGGUUUGCAGCUGUAAUGGUUUUCCUGUGCAUUGCUGUGGCAUUUAAACAACUUGUUAAAGGUCAAACUCUCCUGGUCCACCACUGGCAUAGCAAGUGACUCUUCCUGCUGUGGGACUGGAAUAAGUGUUCCACAGCAAAAACUCUUUUUAAUAACUGACAUCAUAAAUAAAGAAACGUCAAUGCACUUAAAUGUAAUUCUACUUACAAGAUGAAACAGGACUUAUUCUCUUUUGCAUUUAGUUUCAGUGGAAAGAAGAAGCUAGUUUGUACUUUUAUGCAGCAACCUGAGCACUUGAGACUAAAGGUUAUGUUUUGGAUAUGAUGCAGCCUCACAGAGACAUUCAAGCAGGCGGAUGUCGUCAUUCAAAAAUCCCAUUAAAAACACAAUCACAAUCAAACACAUGUUUUUUUCUAAAUUAGACGUUGAUUAAAAUGUGACUCCGUGCUAUACGUGCGCUGCUCAACUGUAACUCAUGUUAAUUAUUGCAAGACAAGAGCACAUGCCCCUGGGCCUGUGAUGUUCAGAGCAGCCCAUGCGUAUAGAGAGACAGAGAAGAGGGGUGAGAAAGAGAGCCUGGAUGUGAGAGCGAUGGCAAAUAAUGUGCGCCCAAAUCAAACACAAGCUAAUGAAGUCUGACAGGUUACAUCUAACAAGGGCAUGUUUGUUUGGACAGCAUGGAGAGUUAUUGCAAACUUCCAUUCUAUGUCCCAUCCUGAAGUCAAUCAGAAAAGUCUUCUGCGUUAUCUCCUGAGCUGUGGAAACAGUCUUUAACCCCCCCAACCUGGAGUUGAUGUGAAAACAACAACCAGAAGCCCUGUGGGAAACGAUCUGGAGGGGUCAUAAGCCUUUUUUUUUUCUUUCAAGAAAUUGUAAAUAGCAACAUAGUGAAAUGUUUAAUUUAUACAGUAAAUUAUUGUUAUUUUGUAUGUGAAUGGGAUAUAAUCUAUCUUUUGUAUAAGUGAAGUACCUUUGUAGUUUAUUUAAUGUGUCCUGGUUGCAAAAUAAACA